AUGACAGCCUUGACAGAAACAUCAUUUGCCAUGUUCCCUCAUCACUCCGACGCCGAGGACUUUGCUCGAUAUACGGACUCCAACGUCAUCUUCACUUCGGGACCCAUGGAUGUGAGCAUCCCUGCCGAUGCCUUUGGCUUCCAACAGCAGAACGGCAACCAAGAUGCAUUUGCUUCGUCAAUGGGAUUUGUCGAGCCCUCAUUGUACGCCGAGGCCCCCAACUACAUGCUCAACAGCCGCGCAUCACCCAGCAUGUAUACAGAUGAAUCUUCCGACAUGAGACUCCCUUCAUCAAGCCUUUCCACAGUCUCGGCAGCGUCAACAACGUCUUCGGCAAUUGGAUCUCCCCAAUCGAACCAUGGUCAAAUGGGUGCAAUGCCCGAGUGGGCUCCCCAUGGCCUCGGGCUCCAGCCUGCAAUUGUGGGCAGUGACUACAUCGGAUCCGAUUUUGCGUCGUUUUCUAGCUCCGGAAUGGAAGAGCUCAGCUUUGAUUUCCCGGCAGCAAAGGCCUUUGUUGGUAAGUUCAGAGCUAUUUCUUACUCGCUUCGAGUUCGGCGAUCCCUUUCCCCCUGCCUCGCAAGGGCAUUGGCAGAGAGAGAGACCCAGUCUGAGGCCUCUUCCCCACCACCAGAUGCUUAG